AUGGCCGAACGUCUAUUAUCUUUUGAUGAAGAAUUCCAGCCACAAAUUAAAAAUACAUUGAAUACGUUAGUUGAUCAUGUUCAAGAAAAGAUGGAUAGUGCUGAAUCGUUGAGUGCUGAUGAAGCUGAAAAGUUGUUAGAUGAUGCUUGUAAUGAUUGUAUCACAACAUUUCAAACAAAAAUGGAAGAAAUUAAAAAUUCUGCGAGACGAGCGAGACCUGAUCUAUCAAGUCCAACAUACACCGAAGAUAACAAGAAGUAUACAGAUUAUAUAGUAGCCGUGACAGCUGGAAUUAAACAGAGCAAAAGUUUAUUUGAUACUGUUUUUGAACGUAUUCGUAAUAUUCCACAAGUACAUGAUGAUAGAAACAAUAGAACAAUAGAUUUUACCCAACGUGCUCAUUUUCAGACCACACCUACGAAUGCCAAUAGAGGUAUUGAAAAUAAUCUUGUUAACGGUACAAUCACUAUUGUUCGAGAGAAGUGCAAAACAUUGAUACUUAAACUACGUACACCUAACCGUCGAUAUCUUGUUUUUGGUGGAUUGGUUAAACCUGAAGAUGAUAUUGAUCGAAUUAUUGAUGAAUUAGGUGAUACAUUGGCCCAAAAAGUGAUCGAAGCUAUCAACGGAAUUCGGGAAGAAGUGAAGAAAGCACGGCCAAAUGAAAAUGACAUUGAUUAUCAAUUAAAAAUUCAAAUUUACAAAGAUCUUCUUGAAUAUGUAACAAAUUUGAUCAAGAAACUAACAAAAGUCUUUGAUGAAUCUCUGACUGACUAUCGUAUUCGUGUGGAACAAUUAUGGAAUGAUUUGGAACAUACAUAUGAUUUGAAUGAGAUUAAUAAUUAUAUUGAAAAAUUCAAAAAUGAAUCCGAACAACUAUUUGCUGAUCCCAUUCAAAAGCAUUUAGAUGGAUAUCUAAAUAUAAUCGAAUUGAAGAUGAACUGUAUGAAGCAACAAAAUAAUCUGUUGUGA